AUGCCACCAAAACCUUUCAACUUUCCCGCCAAACGCACAACCGCUAUUUUCCUUCUAACCACAACUGCGGCCGCCGCAUUUACUGUCAACUCCGACGAGCCCUCCCCUCUCGCCGCCGACAAAAUCAGAGCCCAAAUUCAUGGCAUCAUCCGCACCGCUCGCGCCGUCUCCACUGUUGUUUCCACUGUCGUUGACUACGAAUUCUCGCUCCGCGGCCUCCCAAAGCACUCAGAUCAGUAUCGUAAAACGAGUUCCCAGGUUCAUCUACGUUCUGCGGAGAGGUUUCUCAAGUUAUGCGAAGCCAACAAAGGGUUUUACGUGAAAGCUGGACAGUUCAUUGCUUCGCAAAAAGUGCUUCCCAGGGAGUACUCUUCUACUUUGUCUUCGUUACAGGACCAGGUUGCUCCUCUUCCUUUUAAAAUCAUUGAGAAAGUGCUAAAGGAGAAUCUCGGACCUGACUUCUCUGAGAAGUUUUUGUCCAUUGAUGAACGACCUAUAGGCGCUGCAUCUAUUGCUCAAGUCCACCAUGCUGUACUAAAAAGUGGGCAAGAAGUAGCAAUCAAGGUGCAAUAUCCUUGGAUAGAGCAGCAGAUGCAUUUUGAUACAAGAACAAUGUAUUUCCUAUCAAAAACUAUUGCAUGGCUAUACCCUCAAUACAGGUUUGAGUGGCUACCAUUAACAUUUGCCAAGACUGUCUCUUCAGAACUUGAUUUUGUUCAGGAGGCAAGGAAUUCUGAGAAAGCUGCCAAAAAUUUCAGAAACAACAAAAUUGUCAAAAUUCCUCAUGUAUUCUGGGAAUUGACAACAAGGCAAGUCCUAACAAUGGAGUUUUAUAUAGGACACAAGAUUGAUGACUUGGAUUUUCUGAGUGAGAAUGGGGUUGAUCCAGAAAAGGUAGCAAAAUCACUGAUUGAGCUGUUCGCUGAAAUGAUAUUUGUGCAUGGUUACAUACAUGGUGAUCCACAUCCUGGUAAUAUAUUAGUUUCUCCUGAAGGCCGUAAUGGUUUUUCCCUGGUUCUUCUAGAUCAUGCAGUUUACAGGGAAUUGGAUGAAGAAUUUAGAAAAGACUUUUGCCAGUUAUGGGAAGCUUUGGCUCUCAAGGACUCAAAGAAAACAAUGUGGCUUGGCGAGCGAUUUGGUGCUGGGAAGUAUUCUCGAUACUUGCCUAUCAUUUUCACCGGAACAACUAUAGAAAGCAAAUAUUCUUCUGGAAUGUCAAUCAAGGAAAAAGAGACUAUGAAGCACGAAUUGAAAUCUCUGAUGUUUGAGGACCUAUCUUUGUUCAUGGAGUCUAUGCCACCAGAUUUUAUUGCUAUAUUGCGUGUAGAUGCACUGCUAAGGUCUACCAUUAGAAAGAUGGAUGUCUCACGGCUCAUCAGAUUGCUAACUUACACCAAAUAUGCAGUAUAUGGACGUCUCCAUCCAAAAUUUGAUAGUGAAUUGUGUAAAAUGUCAGAAACGAAUGUUUAUUUUGCUGUGAAAGCUGUUUUCUUAAAUUUCAUAUCAACGUUAAAAUAUUUUCACAUCCUAAUCAAGAUCCUUAUUGGGGCCAUCGACAGUACCCGUUGGCAACAAAAAAUGAAGAAUGUACAUAAUUACUUGUAUUGCAAGAUUGGUAGUAAUGAGCUAUGGAGCAUUCUAGUCCAUUCUGUCUUUCUUCUUUUGUGUAUGCGUCCAGCGUCCUAA